CCGUGUCUGUCAUUGCGAUGUGCUCUGCUUAAAAAAAAAAAACGAGGUGCCCAGGACAUUGCCUGCCCCUCUCCCCCCUUUGUCUCCCGUACAGCUUUCUUCCUGUCUCCCCGAUCCCAUGCCGGUCUUUCCCGGCACUCUCUCGUUCUUCCAGGUUCACUGGUUGUUUUUGAGGCCUCCUACAUCAGGUUUACUCCUCUAGUUGAAGCAAAUCGUAUGGCUUCAGCCCAUCAUAAUGCUGUUCGCUCCAGGCAAGCGUCUCAUAGCUCAGCUUCGGCCGUGGAGGAAACAAUGGAUCACGACUCUCCUGCUGGGGGUUUUGAUGACACGCCCAUUCCCGAUGCUCCGCCUGGGUUCACCCUCAAAUUCACCAUUCAUCGAGCCCAGAAUCUCCCUUUGGGCGACUUUGGCUCCAUGUCCUCAGACCCUUAUGUACUUUUGAUUCUCAACACGGAUCUGGCCCGCCGCCACCCCCAGGAUCCUGAUAUAACUUUUCGCACCCCUACCAUCAGGAAGGAUAUCAAUCCGGUUUGGAACUGCGAGUGGAUCGUCGCCAACGUACCGGCGUCUGGGUUCCACCUGAAGUGCCGGGUAUAUGAUGAGGAUUUUGCCGACCACGACGAUAGACUGGGUACCGCAUACAUCGACGUCGAUGGCAUCGAUGAGAAUUGGAGCGGCUUCAAAGAACAGCAUUUUAAGGUUAGGAAAAAGACUGGCAGUAAUAGGGCGUAUUUGCUACGGUCCAUAGCAGCAACCUGCUCCAAGAACUUCAGCGUUAAAGGAGAGCUUAUCGUCAGCGUCGAAUGUCUGGGUAAGACCCCAGGCGAUCAAGGCGGACAUAUGUAUACCAUCGGCCCCAACUAUUGGACCCGUCAUUUUUCUCCCAUGAUUGGGAGGUUGGUGGGAACAAAGGAUUCCGUCCAACCGGGGACAGGCAAAAAACCUAUCACCAAAUAUAACUUUCAAGCAAUUCAAAUUCAGUUGACGGGACCAGUACCUUGGAGACUGUAUCAUCGAUAUGUCGAAUUUAAACCGUUUGUUGCCGGGAUGUUUAACGGCCAGAGUAUACGUGGACGCCUCCUGAACCACGCCCUGCACCAUCAACACGCUAGAAUAUACAAUUUCGAUCGAUCCACCAUGCAUGGCAUGUUCCCCUCGCCAUGUAUCGAACUCGCGCAGCAGUUCCUGGAGUUUGUGCACUACGAUCAAGGCGGUAGAAUUUUCACUUAUGUCCUCACAUUGGAUGGGCAGUGGCGGUUUACCGAAACAGGAAAAGAAUUCGGAAUCGACUUACUGAGCAAACACACUAUGCAUAGUGAUGUAUCUAUAUAUAUCGCUUAUUCUGGCGAGUUCUUCGUCCGUCGAGUACAUCAUCACCACCACCACCACCAUCACAAUCGCCGUCACAGUCAUAAAGAGAAAGCCAUUGAUUCAAUUGUGCCUGAUGGUGGAAACAAACAAACCGAUGCAGCUCCUAACAGAUCACAAGAUUCUGUGAUUGUUUCAAUUGACCCUGCAGAUUAUGAGCUUGUAAUAGACAAUGAUAGCGGAACAUACCGACCAAAUGCAUCUCUGCUGCCAUUACUGAAGGAGUUCUUGGAGAAAAAUUUGCCAGGACUUAAGAUAACCACCCUGGAUUGCCAAAAAGAUGCAGAGGAAAUGAAUAAAUUGAAAGAAGAGCAAAGAGAGCGGAAGAAAGCUACCGGCAGGCACAUUGCGUAUCUCCAACGACGAGUAAGCUCGUCAUCAUCGUCAAUCUCGAGCUCUGAUGAGGAAGAGCUCGAGCAACGAAUGGGCCAAGCGCCAAAACAUAAGAACCCACUUGCCCAAAAGCUUCACUGGAUGAUGGACCCCAAAGCGAGAUAUAAAGAGUGGGUGGUUACGGGCCAUGUAGGCCGAUCCCCUGUGGCACAUGAACAUUUUCAAUCCUGGCCGAUGGAUACACAACAUCACCCCGAAACUGGAGAAGCGUCCCGGCCCGCACAGCCGCCCCAGCCCGCAAAUAAUUGAUAAUAAAGACCGAGAGUUUGAAUUGUGGUGGCUAUGUGCUUCCAUAUUUGAAGUAUCUCUGGAAGAUGAGUUGUGUGUGGAUUUCGACAACUCAUGGCGAGGAGUUUGGGUUUGGUUAGUUAGGAUGCCGAUGCGAAAAAGCGACACGGAUAGUAUUUUUGGCCUCGAGAAACUCACAGAAAUUCCAAAACAAGAAUGACUGAAGGAUAGUGAUAACUACUUGUACGUAAUCUAAUUUUUUUCUUUUCUUUUCUUUUCUCCUCUUUUUUUUCUUUUUUUCUUUUUUUUUUUCCCGCCCCCUAGUAGCACAGUUCCCAAUCUCACUGUACCGUACAGAGUACAAAGUAUCAUCUCAAUGUGUAAUGUUUACCGCGAAAG